AUGCCCGAUCCCCCAAACCAAAGCUUCCGCUUGCUCUCCGAGUCGGAGCUAAACCGAGAUGACCCCUACGACUUCGAACUACACAAGGAACCCGUGGCUCGAAACGUCAAUGUUGCAAACGCCUUUUCUCUUAUGAAAGCAGCCAUCGAGCUCAAAGUCUUACAAGCAACGAAACUUAUCCUGCAUAUUUCUCGUACCAGUUCAUUGUCAGUCUCGGACCAGAAAUCCACUAUCCGUCGUGCCAUGGACCGCAGGGAACGGCGCAUCGCUGACAUUGUUGACACCAUGAUAAAUGAUGACUUUGAGGAGGGUGUCUGCGAGAUUGCGUCGCAGCUUCACAUUCCACCUCAGACUUUGCCUCAGCGCAUUCGAUCCCCGUCUGAAAUAUUAGAGGCGCUCGAGACCGCGGAAGAAGCGCCCCGUGAGGACGAGCUAGUCCUGCAAGGACCGUCGUUGCUUGCUUCAUCUGUGGGAAUACAUAAUUCCAACUAUUUGGUCAAUGAAGAUGCAACAGACUUAGAAGAGCUAGAUGAGAACGUGCGAAACGGAGUAGAGGGUGUGGAUGGUCAAGGAACGAGAGAGCCUAGUGAUUUAUCUUCGUCUAUCCCAACGCCUGGCAGUGGUUCGGUCUACUCUUCGCUGGAGAGAAGCUUAUCAGCAAGCAAUGUACAUUCUGUCGCGCCUGGUCCCCGGCAGUGCAAGAUUGUCUCGGCAGCUCAAUACACCAAGAUUGUCUCGGAGAGAGAGCCGCAGUUCAGCGACGUCAGCCAGCCAUAUUCGAUCGACUCCUUGGUUGCAGAUAGUGCUCGGAUCGAUCGUUCUGCGCUCGAGAUGAACACGUAUCGUCAAUUAAAGUCUGCCGAUAGUUUCCCGGGGGAGUUUCCCAUUAGCGAAGGGCUGGAAUACAGUUCGCUGGCGACGGCAAAGCAUCAUUCGCGCAUGCCUUCAAUAAGGACGUCGGUGCGCCCGUUUUCUGACCUGUAG